UGAUAUCUAGCUGCUUUUUUCAAUCUAGAUUAUUUAGUAUAUGGAUACCAGUGUAGGUAUUAGGAAUCAAGUCAAUAGUUCGUUUUAUAUGGAUUGUCUUCGGAAAAACACUAAUUACUCACUUCUUCAGAGUUAUCCAAUAGUCCCAGGUUCGAUGUAUUCUCGGGAAAGGGACUAUCAGCGCGUCCAAGUUUCGAGAUCUAGCAAGCCUGGACCAAAGCCUAACCGCUGUAUAUGGUGUAAUGAAGUACAAUGCAACCACUGCCAAUGUCCCGGAUAUGCAAAAUGUGAUCACAAGAACGGUGAACCCUGUUCACGACAUCGCUAUAAACGAAGGUUAGUUUGUAAUUCUUGCGAGAAAGUAAAAUUACGCGAAGAAGCUGCCAAACGCAAUGAGGGGAAGGGUAAAGAAGGAAAGAAGAGUGUCCCUUCAAGUGGAAAACAACAUGAGAAGAAGACGAGCCAUACUUCUCAAAAAGUUUCUUCAUCAUUCGAUCUUUUGUGCGAAAUUGCUUCUUCACAAGCAAAGCUUCUGACACAUCCAGUUGCGAACCAAAAUUCACAGCCUAUUCUUACUUCAACAGAAACCCAAGAAACCAAGUUUCAGCCUGUUUAUGUUUAUCCAUAUUUGCCCUAUUAUUAUACGUCUUACCCGCCCAACGAUAACCAUCUUUAGUUUAUGUGUAGCGCUA